CGAGCCUCUGGGGCCCUCCUUCCUGGCAACUGGGAACAAGGCAUCUUGGACACCGGACAAAGAUUGGGUAAAAAUUGGAGUCGUAUGUCAAAUGGUGACGGGCGAGCAGAAAAAGAUCCCAAGAGGAGAAAGCUUCCAUUACGAACUCUCAACGUAUCUGCCUCGGUGGACUCUAUUCGCAGGGAACUGCGUUAGCUUCAGUGGAUGCAUAUCCAGAAAACCCAGUCCACAGUCCACACAUCCUAUUCAUCCAUUCAUCCAUCCAUCCAUCCAUCCAUCCAUCCCCCUACUCAACCAAUACGCCAGGAUUUCGAAGCAAAGGGGUGAUCCCAGCAGAGACACGUUUUCCGUGACCGUUUGUGGGCUCUUUGAAGCGUUGCGUCCACGAUACGUACUAUGCAACCCACUGCAAAUACGAUCACCACUAUUGACCGAGAAAAGGAAGAGGAGACGCAAAGGCAGGUUCAUGACACAAACGGGAGGGCUCCGAGUCGAGCUCAACCUCGAUUCGGCGUACUGCUGCUGCUCCCCUCUCCAUAUACCCUGGCAAGCAAAGAAAAAAGAGGCAGCGAGGCAGUGCUUGCAUACGUAUCGAAAAUCGUGGGACUGGGGGGUAAGCUGUGAGGUUCCGCGAUUCAAAGGAUCAUUUCCCAGGAUCUUGCAAAUCGCAGGCGUCUUCCCGAUUCCCCGAAGGCAUAAUACCGAGGAAACUCAAUAUUCGACGAGGGGAGAUGAGCAUGUUCAGUGGGUGGGAACGGCGAGAUACAUCGCGGUGACAAAAACCCUCCGAGAGAACAGAAUGGCGCUGCCGUGGCCCUGGUGUCCUGGUUGAACACAACCUGACCGAGCGGAUCCAGCAGUCUGGAGUCUGCCGUCCACCGCGCAUGCUGUCAUACAGAGUCCACUUGAAGGGGGGUGAGGGGGUGAACUUGUGAAGUCCGGGUAUUUCCUGGAAGUUACUCUUCUUCUUCCAAGAACGAAACAAGUGACGAUCAGCAUCCUUCGAGCCCUUCAUCCAACCUUCAUUCCAGCAGAUAGAUGAACCACCUCGUCGUAACCUUCGUAAGCCCAG